UCGAAUAGAUAGUGAAAGUCCCCCGGAGCGAACAGGAGCGCAGAGGGCGAGAGCGGGGGGCGGUAGAAACGGGGGGGGCCGCAGUAAGGUAUAUGAGGGCCUCAGUUCGAGCAAUCGCCGGUACUCUAGCCUCGCUGCCUACUUACAUUCACACACACUAACACAACCACCGCCGGGGAACACGAUGCACACCCUCGCGACGGUAGCCGCGUUACUUAGCGCGUUGCUGGCGGUGUCGGCGCAGCAGUACCAACAACCCGGCGGCAAUUACGUCGACGAUUACGCCCAGUACGACUCGCAGAGACCCAGCCAACCAGCCCCCCGUAGCUACGCGCCGAACGACGUACCGUCCCGGCAAUCGGCGGCGCCGGCGGAACCGAAGCCGACGCCGGUCGCGAUCCUGAAGCAGAUCAAUCGCCACAACGAGGACGGCUCGUACACGUACGGCUUCGAAGGCGCGGACGGCUCCUUCAAGAUCGAGACCAAGCUGCCAACCGGCGAUGUGAGAGGCAAAUACGGUUUUGUCGAUGACACCGGCAAGGUCCGCGUGGUCGAGUACGGCGCGAAUCAGUACGGCUUCCAACCUGCCGGCGAAGGUAUCACCGUCGCCCCGCCGACCUUGAUCGACGAGACCACCAGCAAGGACGGUGUUCAGGGCCAGAACUACCAGGACUACGAUUAUCAGCAACAACAACAGCAACAGCCUCAGGAGGCACCCGCUCGACCGGCUUACCAGCGACAGGCGCACACCCAGGCUGUGUACGCACCUGCCCAGGUAGCCCCGAGUAGACCUGCUCUCCCGAAAACGCCCAUCUUCAGGCCUGUUGCCGCCGCGGCACCGGAGCCACGACAGUCUGCGUUGCAGCAGAGCUCGGGCUACGACGAGCCGGCACCAACCUCCCAGUUGUACAAUCAGGGACCCGCACAGUUCAGCCCGGCGCCGGACCAGCAGCGCCGUUCUCAACCGCAACAACGCAGCGGAGGCGGCAUCCUGGACCAGCUCGCUAGGGACUACGCUUUGCCUCAGGGAGUGGCGCCACCGCUGCACGACAUCAGCUUUGGCUACUACUAAAUCGCCUCUAGUCCUGCCUCUGUGUCUAACGGAGAGUGAGAAAGAGGAAAAGAGAGUCUGGGCUCAAUUGUGGCCUUCGAGAGAUUUUGGCAUUCCGAUGUCUUUGCGAUUCUUGUAGAGAGUACUUCUUUAAUCCAAUUUAUUGCAAAUUCCAAGUCUAACUUAUAGGAUGACCUGUCCAGUAAAUGAACGUGUCAAACUCUGAUUUGAAUAGGCUAAGCCAGAUUAAUCUUCUGCGUCGCAAUUUUGACAUGAUCACAUAUAGUCUGUGAGUUACCUCUAGUUACUCAGUUAAGGUGGUGAUGAUUCACUCAUAAAGUGCGCCACAUGCUUUAACAUUAUAAUAAAAAUUGCAAAGUGUUUAUUCACUGAGUAGCGUACAAUUACUGGACAGGUCAUCUUGCGCGACGUAGAGCGAUCGAAGACUCUGUAUUCUCGCGAGCGUCACGAUUCAUCCCAGACUCGUCUACGUCCCGGAGCGUGUUGGUCUUGUAUUCUAUCUGUGAAUGGGACGGAAUGGAACACCCCGAUGGUCGCUUAUCUCGGCGUGAUCGCGACGUGGCCUGCUCCUCCCGAAGUGGGCGGCAUCGCGGUCGAUGAUCGUCGCGAACGAACCGUCUGCCGAAGUCGGAAGUCGAGAACCGUCAGUGUUGGCGUCUGAAAUUGCGAGUUGAAAGCUAAUGCUCCAUUUUGUCUGUGUGAUGCAACACCUUUUAUUUAAAUGACUUUAUUAAUUAAAUUCCCUGUAGUAAUUUAAUGAACUAGAAUUAGAACUAUAUACUCUAUAUGAAUUAGAAUUAUACCUCCACGAGACGCGUUAGAAUAGAAACGAUGGAUCUCAUCUAAUUCCGCAUUGCGUCGUUCGAAUUAUCAGCGAUAAACUGUGAUAAAUCGCUGGCAAGACAAUCCUGACAAAUCAUAAAAAGGAACCACGAUGGAGAUCAAUUCACUGCGCACGGCAAAUGGAUCUUUAAUUUCAUCGUAGAUCCUUGUUCAAUUUCUGAGAAAUUGGAACAGGAGAGCUUUUCAAAACGCUUUAGAGACGGGAAACGUGAGUUUUUCUUUGCUAACUUGAACGCCAAUAUCUAAGUUCUCGCCUUCUUACUUCGAUCACGAUUGCUCGCCUGCACGGGUGUUCGACUGUUGCAACGUUAGAAAAUUUGGUAUCAUCUAUCAAGCAUCGAGAUUAUCAUUACGCGCGUAUCACGACUUAUUGGAAAAAAUCAUCCGCCUGUUUAGGCGUGACGGUCAGGUCAGGCGGACAGCAGGAGCUAUGAAACUGAUGUAUAAAAAGGAAUGUAAAUAAAAUUUCUCGCCCAUCUC